AUGCAAACAUUAUUAUAAACUUUUCAACAGAAAUUAUCCUCGUCUUUUUCAGUUGUUAAAGAAUCUACUCCCCAAAUUUUGUUUGGCAUAAGUCUACUAUCUUGUUUAUACCUAUUAAAUUAAUAAUAAAAAGAAGAAAAACUUGUGGAACCUGAAAAGACAGAAAAAAAAUAAAAAAAAAAAGCAUCUAGCCAAAAAAAUCUGGAUGAUAAUAAGCCUCAACAAAAUGAUGUGAUACAAGAUCUGGUAUGAAUAGUUUAAUUUAAAAGAAAAAAAGCUAAAAGAAAUUAAACAAAAAAAUGAACAAGCAAUUUGAUGAUUCAAUUGACUACACAGAAGAAAACAUGCCUAGAUCACCUGAUUACAGUGUGAUUUCAGAAAUAGAUCAGAAAUAUUUCUUAGAGAUGUUUCAAAAUUAAAAAAAAUCGAAAAGGGCCUACUAAACGGAUUGCGAAUCAACACCUAUUAUAUCAUUAAGAGGGUAUGUUUUAUAAAAGAGAUUUUAGAUUUAGAAGAAAUUAAUAAUUAACAGGAGAAGACGAUAAAAAAGGAGAAGAUAGGUUGUUUUAUAUUCUGAAAUAGCGUGUCAUUGAAUAAGAGGAGAAGGAAAACGAAAUUGAUGAAGAUGAUUAUUGA